UGUACGUGCGCAAAGAUGGCAGGCGUGCGGCUGCCAUCCCUGCGGACUCUGGAGGACUUCAUCCUCGGCUCAGCUCGGUUCGCGGUUCCCAACGUGCGGGACCUGGACCGCUGGAACAAUCGCGUCAUCAACAACCUGCUGUACUACCAGAGCAACUACCUGGUGUGCGCGCUGGGCUGUGUGCUGCUCGUGGGGUACCUACGGCCACUGCAGCUGUGCGUGGGGGCAGUAGUCAUCAGCCUGUGCUUCCUGGGCUUUGUGUGGGCCGCGGAGAACCAGAUCCCUGUACGGCGUUUCCGUAGAAAUCACCCAACGGUCUGUGUGUUUGCCAUCCUGCUUCUGUGCUGCCUCCUACUGGCCGUGAUGGGGAGUGUGGCAGUGUUCCUGCUUGGGAUCGCCACACCCAUUCUCUUGACCCUGGUGCAUGCCUCAGUUCGCCUCAGGAGCCUGAAGAACAAGCUGGAGAACAAAUUGGAGAGCAUUGGCCUGAAGAGGACUCCCAUGGGUCUGCUGCUGGAGGCGUUGGGCCAGGAGCAGGAGGCUGGCUCCUAGGCUGGGCCACAGGGCAAGCCUCCUCAGACCAAUUAUCAGACACUGUCUGGUCAGUAAAAUCAUCAUAGACAUUUAUCUAAACAGGUGCCUCAACCUACCAGCUGAGGGGUUCUUAACUGGUGGGCUGUGGCACUAGUGGGCUGUGGCACUAUGUGGGCUUAUGCCUAAAGUUGACAGUUGAUAAAUUGUUUUGGCAGACAGCUUUGAGUCAAUUCAAAUUGGCCUGCAACAAUUAACUAGAAUAAUUGUGACUACUAAAAAAUGAUUGACUAUUUUAAUAACAGUUAUGCUAUUAUCUGGAUCAUAAACAAACUUUAACACUACCCUUUCCUAUUAAAAUAGGUUUUAUCGCAGAAAGAUUAUGAAUGUAUAUUAUAUUUUCAAUGGCUCUAUUUGGCGUAUUUUAGCUUUAACUGAUUAAAUUUGAUAAAAUAAAAUAAAAAUCCCCAAUGCAUAACAGAAUUCAUUGUUUGACUAGCCAAUUAAUCACAAAAUAAUGAUUACUAAAAUAAAUGUUAGUUGCAGCCCUUAAUACAAGUCCGUGAUGUAUAGGCUUAUAGUCUAGAUAUAUAGAGAUGUGUUAUGAGGAUGUGAUGCAAAUUGAUUUUAAAAUUACACAGCAUUAUAGUAAGAGUUUUCUUAUCCGAAUCGUGGCUUGUCAUGAGUUCUGAAGUUCCUCAUGUUGAGAACUGUAACUUGUAAGUUUAAAACCUUGGAGAAAAUUGACUGCAACAUUGGGUGGGCUAUAAAUUAAUGACAGUGUAGAAGCCAUGAUCCAAGCUAACUGCUGUGUCUUGACCAGGCAGUGUAUCUGCAGACAAAUAUGGAGGCGAUGACUUUAUAGGUUUGAACCACAGGGGCAAAAAAUCCAAAAAGUUAUAUUAAAGGGGAUGUGUUGUGCUAAAUAGACUUUGUGGCAUGUACCUCAAAAGUAGUGUUUCAUUCACACAUGCUAGAUGUCAACAUAAGCAACCAACAAAUGCUCCUCUGUGUUUUUAAAGUCCGCACAAGUCACAAAGAAUUCUGUCUAUUGCUGUAAAGUUGCGGAUGAACAGUACUUCAAACACCAUAUCCAAGUGUUCUUUGUGAAGUGAAACCCAUUUGCUGAAGUUUUUUUCCCCAUACACAUCAAUGCAAAGGCCAAAUCAAAGCACAAUAUGUCCUCUUUAGCUUGAAUACAUUUGCACUGUUGCCAUAUUUUUAAGACAAUGUACAAUGCACAACCGAGAGAUGUUUUGAAGAAGUAAAAAUUAACAAAACAUAUUUUAUUGUUUAAAAAAAAAAAAAAAAAAAAAGUAUCUCUUUGUCUUUUAGUUCCUGUGUUUGUUUGAAGAACUUGUGUGAAGGAAGGUUAAUUUUUUUAAUUCAACCACUGCUGCCUAUGGAUGUUUUUAGUAUUUUGUGCUAAAAUACAUUGUAAGUGAUUCUAAACAAAUAUUGUAAAAUUCCUUCAGUAUUAAAUUGAGACAAAGUAUUCACUACAAUUUCUUCCAUAUACAAAAUACAACGUGAAAAUAUUUGAUAAUUAUUGAAACAAGCUAAAUGCAGUUUGCUGAAUGUUUAUCUAUAUUACUAGUACUUAAGUACAUCAAUUGGUGGCAUGGUGGCAAAGUUUAACCAAGUACAUUUUAAAAUGGCAUGACUUGGGCCACUACAAACAUGGAUUUAUUUAGUAUUGUGAAACUGAGACACUGAAACUACACAAGGUGGACUUUGAAUAUAAAUUAUGAAGACAAAUCUUGAAGAAUUAAAAUUAGUUUGUGUUUAAAAUGUGGUAAAAAUUUAGCUUAUGUGAAAAUGUUAUAUUAAAGGAACUGUAUGUAACUUGUGCUCAUUUUAGGUUUAAACCAACUGGAUUUCAGCACUGAAACUGGCAACCCAAAUGAGACUCAUGUGAGGCUCAUUCUGCUUUCUGAUUGGAUAAUCGUGUUGAGAACCAAAACACUCACACGAAACAUAAACAACAUGUUGUUAUGUCCAGUUUUUUGUAACUAAGAAUAAACAGGAUUACAAUAAUUGCAUAUAUAUGAACAUAUUUACCUCAUAUUUGGGGACCAAGAGGGGCCAUAUUUACGGAUUGAUUACGGAAUUUAAAAUUGAAAUCUUGCAUACCGUUCCUUUAAAAAGUGUCAGUUUAAGUCAACCAUUUUGCCUCUCCAUGAAACCUUUUUGUAUUACCAGUGUUGAAAAUUGUUGCCUUAACUAUUUAAACAUUUUUGAAUAACUGCUCAUAAAAUUCUGUAG